AGCUAGUGACCCAUAUUGGCACAUUCUACCUCUGCUCAUCAUUUUUCUGUAUCUUUUAACAAUCAAGACUCUUCUCUUCUCUUCAAUAUCUUCCCCUCCCCAUCAGCUUGUUAUCUUUGUUUUUGGGAAUUUUUUGAGUUCGAGGAAGAUGGGUAGACAACCUUGCUGUGACAAAGUUGGGUUGAAGAAGGGUCCAUGGACAGCAGAGGAGGAUAAGAAACUCAUGAACUUCAUCCUCAACAAUGGCCAAUGCUGCUGGAGAGCUGUUCCUAAGCUUGCAGGAUUGUUAAGGUGUGGGAAGAGCUGCAGGCUGAGAUGGACUAACUAUUUAAGGCCAGAUUUGAAGAGAGGUCUUUUAUCAGAAUAUGAAGAGAAAAUGGUCAUUGAUCUCCAUGCUCAACUUGGCAACAGAUGGUCCAAGAUUGCGUCUCAUUUACCUGGAAGAACUGAUAAUGAAAUCAAGAAUCACUGGAAUACGCACAUCAAGAAAAAGCUUAGAAAAAUGGGCAUUGAUCCUCUUACCCACAAGCCACUUCCUACCACUGAAACACCACCACCUCAAGAACAACAAGAAGUGCAAGAACAGCAACAAGCACAAUCUUGCUCCACUAACGCCAUGGCAGAACUGGAACACAAGAAGGAAACAGAAACAUCUAUUCAAUCAAGCAUUACCGAAGAAGCCAAGGUAGAGGAAGAUAAAAGCAUGAUAAGCACAUUUGAUACAAUGGAGUUAAUGAAUAAUGGUUUUUGCAUAGAUGAAGUUCCCUUAAUUGAACCCCAUGAAAUGUUGGUCCCCUGUGCACCUUCUUCUUCAUCAACGACAACUUCUUCGCCUUCAUCAUCUUCCCAUGGCUCGAACAAUAACUUUCUUGAAGAUUUUCAAUUCUCAGAUUUUGAGUGGCCUGUUAAUGAUACUGAUUUGUGGGGUGAUGACUUAAGUAGUUGUUGGGAUUUGCUAAUCAAUGAUGCCGAUUAUGAUAGAAAGCAAGUAGCUGCUAUUAAUCAUAAUCCUCCACCUAUCAAUCAGUGCCCAAGAAUGGUUCUGGAUCAAGAUUCUUGGACGUAUGGGAUCCUGUAAUUUAAAUAAAAGAAAAAGAGAAACAGAAAAAUGAACCGACCCCUCUUGUGGGGCUUACUUGUAGCUUGUUUGUUAGUUGCUACAGAGAAGAUAAUAAAUCAAGAAUAUAGGGAAAUCCCAUCUUUGAUUUACCUUUCUUCUCUUUUCUUUACUCGUUUAGAGGGAGAAAAUAAAAUAAAAGUGAAAAUGAAAACUUUUGUAUGUCAAUGAAUUAUUUAUUGGGUUGUAUUA